AACGUUGUACACAGUAAAUGUAGCUUACGUUAGUCAGCUUUUUGGACAAGACCCAAGCCCAGAUAUAAAGUAUUUCGCUUUAACGUUAGCUAGCUAGCCAAACGCGUUACUUCCCAACUUUACUCUCCCAGGAUAUGUGUUGACACUGCAGCAUCAAGAUGUCGUACAUGCUGCCGCAUCUCCACAACGGCUGACAGGUCGACCAAGCAAUUCUAUCCGAGGAGGACAGAGUCCUGGUUAUUAGGAUUGGGACCCAACAUGUAUGAAAAUGGACGAGGUGUUGUACAGCGUAGCUGAAAAGGUGAAAAACGUUGCAGUCAUCUAUUUGGUGGAUAUCACAGUGUUGCCGGACUUCAACAAGAUGUACGAGUUGUAUGAUCCUUGCACCGUCAUGUUCUUCUUCAGGAACAAGCACAUCAUGAUAGAUCUGGGGACUGGUAACAACAACAAGAUCAACUGGACCAUGGAGGACAAGCAGGAGAUGAUUGACAUUGUUGAGACCGUUUACAGAGGGGCGAGAAAAGGACGAGGUCUGGUCGUAUCUCCUAAGGACUACUCCACAAAAUACAGAUAUUGAUUGGCUCUUCACUUUCCAUUGCUUUGUGUGAAGCACAAUGGGAGCAAAUCUGUCCUUUCAAUAGGAGACUUUCUGAACAGCUGGAGUACAAAAAGGCUCAGAUCAAGGUCUCCUGCUCUCUUUUUUUAUGUUACAGCCAAUUCAUCUUUUUUCAACAGCAGUUAUAAAAACCAUCAUUUGGUUUCUUCUUUGAUUUAAUAAAUGUUAUGCUCAUAUUUGAUCACUUCACAUCCUGUAUUCUUGGACCCAGAUUUAGGCUAGUCCUCGACUUAAUAAUCAUUCUCAAUAAGGAAUCUCCAUUGAAAGUGUGUUUUUAGUUUAGGACUAGGCUUAAUCUGGGUCUAGAAAAUUGGCCCAUAUGUUUAAUCUGUAUGUAUAUGUGACUUGUUUCUUCUGAAAUGCUAUGGGUAAUGCUGUGAUGACAGGAAGAUAGAGGAAAGACUUGGAAUUACCCAAAAUUUUGUUGUAUUAUAGAAAAAAUGUUUUGUGUCCAUGUGACAGUUGUUUACAUGGUAAAAUCCCCCAUAAAUGAUAUCCUGUUAAAUGAUAUAGAAAAUGCCAUAGGCUGUUACACAACAAUAGAUCAGUAAUAACCAGCCUCUGUGUGGCCUUUUGUCAUGGCACAUCUUCUGUCUUGAGUGGAACCCCAGAAAUCGGAUGAAGUUAGCCGA